AUGUCGGUUUGGAGCGAAUUACCGCGUAGCAAGAAAUCAAGGUAUCUUCAUCUCGACCAUGAGGCUUUCAAAAAUCGUCCUUUGAAGUUUGCUGAAGCUCACGCCGAAAUAUCAUUUGAAGUGGAUUCCGAUAACAUGACACCACUUUGCCAGAUGUAUCCACCUGUCUAUGACCUUAAUGAUCUCAUUACGAAGCUGCAUGCCCAAAAGAACUCCAAGUGA